AUGGAGUUUAAUAAAACAGAAUAUUUUACAAUUCUUUAUUGGAUUAGAAGAUUACUUUUAUAUAGUGAUUAUAUAUUUUCAUUUCUUGGAACCACGUUAAAUCUUCUUUUACUUUAUUUAUUAAUAAGAAUUAAAAAUAUUGAAUUUUUAAAAUAUCGAAGAAUACUUUUUCAUACAACAAUAUCUGAUAUAAUAUUUAGUCCAACGAUAGCAUAUUCAGUUUUAGCAAUGGAACCAGGAAGAAACUAUAUUUUUGCUUGGCCAUCGGGAGCGAUUAAUUAUUUACCAGAGUCAGUAGCAAUUUAUUUCCUAAUGUUUCAUAUAAAUACAUUUUUUUUUAUUAUUUCUAACAAUAUUAUAAUAUUUUUUUAUAGAUAUUUAAGAAUUGUUAAAGGUUAUUCAAUGAAUGGUUUUCAAUAUGGAAUAUCAACAUUAAUUAUUAUUAUUUGGAAUAUUAUAGGAUUUAAGUUUUGGGUUGAAGCAUUUACUAAUAUUUCACCUGGUGAUUAUCAUUUAGCAAAAAAUGAACUUCCAAAAGAAUUUUUUUAUGAUGGUAAUGGAAAUGAAAUGAGAGUAUUUAUAGCAAAACCAUUAGAAUUUUCUGGAUUAUUAUGUGUACUACAUGUUUUAAUUACUUUAAUAUUUGUUCUUAUUACUGUAUGUUUCACUUAUUUAGCUGUUCUAAAGACACUUGAAGUAAAAAAAUCAUCAAUGUCAAAAAAAUCAAAAUUACUUCAUCGACAAUUAAAUAUAUCAAUGUUACUUCAUACAGGAGUUUCAUUAUUUUCUGUUUUUUUACCAAUAUUUUUGUUAUUAGGAUGUAUCAUUUUUCAUAAAAAGCUUUAUGGAAUAGGACAUUUAUUUUUUUAUAUUUUUGAAUAUAUUCCAACCUUUAAUGCAUUGAUAAGUAUAUAUUUUGUAACAUAUUGUAAAAAAGAAUUUUUAAAAUUAAUUGGUAGAUAUAAAUCAAAAAGCAAUAGUAAAAGUAUGGAACCAUUUGAAAGUACUGAAUCAAAAUAUUCUUAA